AUGUUUUUGCUUGCAGAAGUAGCUGAAGCAAGCAAGGAAGUUGUGGAUUUUCUCUUCACUCUUCUGUCCUUGCAUGUUGCAACUGUGACUAGGCUCCUUCUCUCUAAUGCUGGCAUGGUUGGUUGCUUAGGCAAACUUUACGAGAGUCUCGAAAGUCUCAGUGACACAUACAUGCAACACAAUCUUAACAAAGACUCCCUGCUGAAACCCAAGACAACAAUUUCUGGCGCUAACAUCCUUCAUUUGUCAGCCAAAAAUGACCCGAAUGCGCCUAAAUGGCUCUACCUCUGUGCAAAUUGCAACCGCCAUAUUUCUGAUAGUCCUGUAACAACUUGUCCAACGUGCAUUUCACUCAAAAUGUCCAACAAGUCCAAGAAACCAAUCUGCUUUCCCAAUGAUCCUUUUGCACUGUCGUUGAUACAAAAAUGA